AUGCAGGGUACAACUCUUAGAGCUAUUGGCGGGCUUGUAAUUGCUAUCGGAAUCAUCUUACAGUGUACUGUCGUGAUCGGUAGCUUGGGGGGCAAUGAAGCUCAGGAAACAUUUUAUGUUGGCAGAUAUUCAAGUGACGAUGAGUUUCUUCAAUUUGGCUUGUGGAGCUAUUGCGUUGGAAUUGGGUCUAGAGUAACACGAUGUGGUUCUUCUGCGAGUGAUCUUUCUAUAUUCAAUGGAGAUUCGAUAAACAUUGCUAUGGUAGCCACUUACCUGGAGUCAACAACCGUAUUGUCGAUGGCUGCAGAUUGCCUUUAUAUUUUGAGCUUUGUGAUUUCCAUCAUCUCAGCCCUCAUCAUUUUUUCUCGAAAGGACGGAAAAUCAUGUGUGUCUGCAACACUCCCUCUUAUAACUUUCUUUGUCCUUCUUUCCAGCCUGUUGUGCUUAGUUUUGAUGGGCACAGUCGUAGAUUCUAAGGGCAAAAAAGACAACUUGAGCAUACAACACAAAAUGGGUGCUAUUGUUUGGAUUUCCAUUAGCUCAGCCGUGUGUAUAUUUAUUUCCGCAGGGUUCUAUCUUGCAAGUCUUGUUGAAAGAAAACCAUCACAGGAUUUUACACAAAGAAGUAACAGGUCAGGACCAGGACUAUGCCCCACUCGUUCCCAAGUAGCAAAUAAUGGGGGACCUAAGCUUGACUGUAUAGACCAUUUUCUCUAUUCUAUCGGGUUAUUUGGACUACCCGGAGCAACAGACGACAGCGUUAGACCUCUCCGUCAAAAUGCCGGCUCUUAUCCCACAAGUGGUACUCCACCGGCUAGAAACCGUACCACUGCCAAUACACCUACACCUAAUACACCUACCACACCUACUACUCGCACAUCACAUGGAACACCCAAUAGACCUAUUCGUCGCCACAGUUCACCACCAACUAAUCCGACUGGCGAGACUAGUGAUGUAGACACACUUCCAUCCUAUCGAACCAUCGACCCACUUGAUCCAACUCGUAAUGAGAACAGAAACACAACUCCUAGAGCUACUGAAAACACAAGUGACCAACAAAACAAUCGACAUGUUCAUUUCUAA